AUGCCCGUUGCCAUCCAGGCAGCUGCUCACGCCCCUAGGCCGUGGUCUGAGCCAUCAGGCAAGGCCACAUCAGCAAAGAUGCUUCUCAAGGAAUCGUGCCUGAAGGAGCAUAUGCUCUGCAAGACCAUUUUCCAAAGUUCCUUCGAGACAAUAGCAUCAUCACACACCUGGCAAUCCCGCAAUGGUCUCGUAUAUGCCGCCUACGCUGCCUAUAGCAACCACCAUCACCUGACCAUCCACCCUGAGGAUGUCUGGUUUGCCAUCCUCACGCAGUUAAAUUUCUACAUCAAACGCACAUGCUGAAGAGUUGAGAUACCAUUUUGUACAGCAUGAGGGCAAACAGGAGGCCAAAGUAGAAGUCUCCGGUACCAUUCAUGAUGUCGACUUUGGGGGACUGGCUGUGAUGAUGACGGAUGAAAUGGAGAAGCAUAUCGUCGACCCGGAGUUGAAAUCCUGGAUUCUGCCUGACUUCACGACAACUGAGGAUGUGGACACAGUCGCGGCUGCAAUACUAAUGAUGGGCAGUAUGCAGUCAUAUUUCCAUCACAUCAUGUCUCUCAGGUGUGGCAUCCCAUCCGUCACACUCCUAGGCCAAAGGGAAGAUUGGGUCAAGAUCCGGAACCGCCUCGACAAGAUCGAACAAUUUGGUGCUGAACCAAGCAUGUUCGCUCAGCGUUUGAUCACGGUUGUGAAUAACCUGAUCAAUGCCUUUGACAAGCGAAAUGAUCUCUGUUAA